AUGGCCCCACACGCCGUCCGGCUUGACUCUAUCUGGGGUUCCUAUUCGGUCGAGUCGAACGAUCCAACCUCUAGUUACCAAUGGUCUGUGGCCUCUGUUCAGAGCCCGCGCAUGGGGCAAAAGGACUACGGGUCCUUAAGUCCCUAUGAGUCCUCACAGAAUCCGAGACCUUACUAUUGUACCUACUUUUCCCCGUCCCCUUACCCGUUACGAGCCCGCGGGGCCUCUGCUAGCGCUUCAACUCGACCAGGUUCCUCUGUACACAACCCUAUCCUUAUCAUGGACGGGCCUAUGUACAGAGGCGGGGUGAUUCGUCCUUCAUGGUUCCAAUGGUCCCGCCAGCGUUUGGAAGCGUUCAACCGCCCCAAUCGACCUCGAACCCGAGUCAAUCGCUCAGCUGAUGGCCCGGCUUCUCCGGAUCAUCGGCCUUUUGUCGUUGCCGGAUCGGCGAUGGCCCAAGUGGCUUCGAUUAUCGCAUCCAGUGAUUGUCCGGAUUCCCCGUCCGAACUCCGGACCCCGUCGCGGGUUCCCCCCGGGUUGGUGGGCCUCCACCCCCGCUUUCAGGGUGCGGAUGCAGCCAGUCCCGGCCAGGCGUCUCCAGUAUACCAACCUCGCCUCCCGGGUGAGAGAUCGCAUCCCAACUCGCCCGUUUAUCGACCCGCUUCCGACGAAGCCGACAAUCCAUUCUUAGUAUCCAACCGAGUUGUCAUAGGCGACGAGUGGCUGGUACCGGCUGCUCCUUGUCCCAGCAACCUCACUUCGCCGGCUAUCAGCUGUCGAAACUCGAUCGCAGAUUCGUCCGAGUACGGGUCUCAUUCCUUGGCCGAGUAUGGGGAUCGUUCCCAGGGUUCGGGUGCGUCAGGCUCAUCUCAAUCCGGGGAAGCUACUGCCGAGACCGAUUGCGCCGAUGAUGGGAUGGACCUCCUUAUUGAGUGGUCGGGUGGUCCCGCGCCUACUGGUAACGAGCCCAACGGUCAUCAACCCAUCGAGGUUGAUGCCGUUGAUCCUGAAGGUGGUGCCGAUGCCGACGGCGUUGAUGAUGCCGAUGGUGAUGCCGAUGGUGAGGCCGAUGCCAAUGGUGUCACCGAGACUGAUCUGGCGGACGACGUCAGCAUGAGUAGCAUUUCUCGUGCUUCCACCCCCUCCAUCAUUGGUCAACCCCCGAUCGAGGAUUACCCCUUCUUAAGCGACCUCCAAGUCCAAGCUCUCCUGGAGCCCCAUCGUCCCUUAGCUAUCGAGCAUCGUGCUCGUUUCGCAAUCGACUCCGAGGCCUAUACUAGGCUCUAUCACACUUUUGCUCGAGCCUUCGUACCCUACUGCCAGCAGAUUCCCAACGAGGUCGUCAACGGUCGAAUCCAGCAAGUUCACAUCUUCCAGGUCGUAUCCGAAGAGUUUCGAUCUACCAUGCGUCAAGCUGGCUACGAUGACUAG